AAAAACAUUGUCAAAAUCUAUCGACUUGGCAAAAAAAGUGACAACAUUACACGUCCGAUUUUGAUCAAAUUUGACGAUGUAAAGAACAAAGAAUUGGUCCUAAGAAACAGUCACAGAUUAAAAUCCAUUGGUGACGAUUUGACGGGUAUUGGUCUGAGCCACGAUCUUACAAGUGAACAAUGGACUGAACUAAAACAGCUUGUCAGUAGUGCUAAGAAACAGGAAUCUGAGGAUAAAGAGGGUUUUUUAUACCGGGUGAGGGGGGACAUCGGGAAAUGGAAAGUGUUUGAAGCUCUGGCCAUCAGAUUGAAGAUUGGAAUUGAUCAGUUCUGUUUAAUUGCCCUCUACAGACCUGGCUCAGAACAGACGACUUCAUUAAUCUUUGAAGAGUUGAUUCCUAUGUUAGAGUUUAUUACAAUGUCGGAGGCUCAUGUUAUACUUAUGGGUGAUUUUAACAUUCACGUUGAAAAAAGGGAUAGUCCUUUCAGUCUAGGACUACAUGAGAUACUUGAUACGUUUCAGUUGGUCAAUCAUGUUAAUCAACAAACGCAUGUGUCGGGAGGUACGUUAGACCUAGUAAUUUGUUCACAUGAUUUUCCAAUUCUUGAUACUAAGAUUGACCCGUGUUCGGUAUACUCAGACCACAGUUACGUAGGUGUGAGAGUGGCGUUGAAUCAAAUCCGAUCAAAACUUGUGAAAGCAUGUAUAAAAUUGCUAGGAUAA